AUGGAAAUCAAAAAGUGGACGAGACCUCCUCAGGGGUGGUACAAGAUCAAUUGUGAUGCGGCUGUGGAUGGAAAAAAUGGGAGGAUGGGGGUAGGAUUAAUCCUCAUAGAUCAUGAUGGAGGGGUCCUUGCCACUGGGAGUUUUACGAAAAAGGGCUGGCUAGAUCCGACUACUGUAGAAGUGAUGGCUACAAUAAGAGCAGCCCAGUUCUGCAAAGAAAUGGAUGUGAGCAAUGUCCUUAUAGAGGGAGAUGCACAGAAAAUUAUACAGGCGCUACAGAAUGGGGAUCAAAAUGGAAGCAGGUAUGGACAACUAGUAGAGGAUGCAAAACUAAUUUUAACCUCUCUGAUGAAUUGGAAACCCAAUUAUGUACGCCGGAAUGUAAAUGGUGCAGCACAUAUACUUGCUAAAAUGGCAACCAGACAUAUCGUAGACUGUGUAUGGAGGGAUGGGAUACUCGAUUGUAUCUGUGAUAUUAUUCAAGCGGAGCAAAUUGCUUCAGCCUGA